AUGGACUCGUCGGGUUCACAGGACAGAAAGUCCGUUCCAAAGUUUUCCAGUUUUAAACCUCUUCCAACUAGCUCGGAACCUCGUCCCGUGUCAGAGAGCCGGCGUCAAGAAAGCACCAAACGCGACGAUCGCGAUUCCAAUCGCUCAAAACGUCGUCACCAUGGCAAAUUAUCUCGCUCCGAGAGGCAACUAAACAGUUCAAGCCGACAUAGAUCUACUCGUCGCCGCUCCCGUUCUCCCUCUAGAUCUCGAUCUUCUCCCCAGUCCCCUCAUGAACGAGAUACGCGCAGAGAUGAACAGACUAUCAACUUUCACGCUCCGCGCGACCAGCCUUCCCAAUCUGUAAAACAGGGUGACUAUGCGACUGUAAGCUCUCAAGUUGCUAUAAGCUCUGGUCCCGUUGAUACGGAUCUCUAUUCGAUCGAUCUCAAAGGUGACCGCUACAACCUCUUCUAUGGAACAUCGCAUCGAUAUGCAGUCCCAUCCUAUCGUCGAGUCGGCUACGGAGAAGUUCUCGGCUUACCGGGAUAUAUUAUUGAUCGAGAAAAUCGGGAUACCGAUACCAUUAUCCUACGUCGGAAAGGUCUUGGACGUGCGAAUGAAAAAGCCUCACAUCCCUUGUCCGGCCGCCUGCCUCAACCGACGCAAUUGUUUCGCUUUCGAAUAGAAGACAUCACCUCAUCUGAUGCGGAUCUGCUGAAUGAUACCAUUGCGCUCGAUCCUGCGACACGAAGGGCAUCCGACAUCCAUGACCCCGGUGCUGAAUCCAGCGAUGAACGCCAUGCUUACCGUUCUAUCCAUGGAAAAGCCAAAACGGAGGAUCUUCUCCCAACUGGUAUGGAAGUUGUACCGGGCCAUUUGGAUCACGGCGAUACGACACAAAUAGGAUUUGAGGCGGAGCGUAAAGCUCGCAAUGCGGAACUUUGGAAAGCUGUGAAUGCAAAUCCCACAGAUGUCGCCGCAUGGAUUCGGCUUAUUGACCAUCAAAAUAUUUUGAUUCUUAGUCCUGGGGAAGAUACACGGCCAUUGACAUAUUCCGAACGGAAAGCUGUUGCCGAAGUGAAACUCUCACUAUAUGACAAAGCAAUCGCAAAGACCAAGAAUGCAACGCACAUUGACUGCCUCUUACUUGGGCGAAUGCAAGAGGGAGCCCAAAUAUGGGAUAGAGAUAAGAUUCUCGCAGAAUGGCGCCGUACGUGUGAAGAAAACAAGCACUACGUCAUUCUCUGGAUAAAAUAUCUCGAUUUUCGCCAGACAGACUUUCGGAAUUUUACCUUCAUGGAGAGUAAACAGGUGCUACUCGAUACAAUGAAUUUCAUCGCCGAAGAUCCAUCCGCUCUACUUGCGCCACCCAAUUUUCCUCAUUUUCCAGCGCAGUGGUAUUCUUUCCUGCGUCUGACUCUUUUUCUUCGAGAAGCGGGUUAUAGUGAGCUUGCUGUAGGUCUGUGGCAAGGUGUGCUCGAAAAAGCUUGCGCCCCAGAGACAGUCUCGAAUUGCGCAUGGCAUCUCAGCGAAUUUGCCCGUUUCUGGGACUCAGAAGUCGCCAGGGUUGGCGAGAAUGGUGCAACGGGCUGGCAGAGCGGCUCGUCCUCCGCUAAAGUGGAUCCUCUGAAACACGUCUAUCACCAGCAUGUUCACUUGUCGUGUCUACUGCCUUCUUGGGCAAACGCCGAGAGAGAACGCAUGUCGAAUGCACGAAUGCCAUUCCGAACUUUGGAUGAAUAUAAUGUCGAUAUAGAUGCCGCCUAUUCGGUGGUUCUUCAUUCCGACUUCCAAGAUAUCGAGUCUCUUAUGCCUCUUUUCCAGAACAAGAAGAUUACCGAGCCUAUGAUCAAUGCCUUUCUAAGCUUCUGCUAUCUGCCGCCUUUGGCGACAAGUUCCAGUGCGGCGACAAACCGAAUGUGGAGUGGAGAUAAUUUUCUUCGAAAUGAAUUUGUCGAUUGCUUUGAUACUGGAAUAUCAGAUUGGAUUCCUUCCAACGCAGAUAGCUCGCAGAAUUCAAUGCCGCCUUUUCAUUUCCCGGCCUCUAAUUUCCUCCACACCACAGACACCUUGUUCGCUCCGGAGGACUGGUUUUACUCCUUCCAUUGGUGGAGCAAGAAUAUCUUGGUUCGAUCAUCUUCCAUUGAUUGCACUUUUGCGCGGAGAGUUCUCAAAUUUUUAGCUGGGCAUUUCAACACCAAUAGCGAGUUGGCCGAAUAUGCAUUGGCUUUGGAAUUCGCGGUUGAUCGCCGAGCUGCCAAGAAAUCUGCAAAGUCUUUGUUAAAAUCUCGUUCCUCGGACCUGAGACUUUAUAAUGCUUUCGCUCUGAUGCAAUGGAGAGAUGGUGCCCAGGCUAUAGCCAAUCAGGUGUGGUCAACAGCUCUGACGAUGAGCAGCAACUUUGAGGGUCUUCACAAGAUAGACUGCGGACUUCUUUGGAUAUCAUGGGCCUGGCAACUACUCGAGAUUGGGGAUUUGGCGCGAGCGUCAUAUGUUCUGCAAUCUAUCCCUUCUCAAAAUAUCGACCUAGCGUCAUUCUCUACAGUGUCCAGCUCUGUUGAGUUCACUGCUGCCAUCAAACUCAGGAUUCAAAUGUUUUCAAACGAUUGUUUGAGCCACGCCUUGUCUCUUGGAAAAUCCCAGGCAUAUUGUGCCUAUGUUGACUGCCUCGGCCUUGUAGCCUAUUUAUCUGACAAUUCGCUUGAAGCUGCUCUAGAUUACUAUGCCUCCGCAGUUGCCAAGCUGGAUGAAUCGCCUCCCUCUCAGAAUGACUCUAGAGAAUUCACAGCCGAGCUACUGCACCAGUCGCGCGCAAAACUCAUCUAUUACCAUAUUAGCAGGAAGGGUGGCUUCAAGCCACUUCAGAUCCACAAGGUCCUAAAGGAGAGCAUAUUCGCGUUCCCCCAUAAUACCAUGUUCUUAUCUCUCUUCAUGUGGAACGAGUCGCGUUUCCCUAUCUACGACCGGGUUCGAGAUCCUCACGCCCUCACCAUGCCCAAGCCCAGCGAUCAUUUCCGGUUUGAUACCGAACCUAGCCUAUCAGCCGCUUUCCCUCAGAAGAUACCAGUCACGACCCAUCUAUUUUCCAUCUAUUUGGAGUUUUGUCGCCCAUUGCAUAACGCCGCUACGGUGUACUCGAUACGUGCAGCCUUCGAACGAGCCAUCGGUGAACAUUCAGAAUCCAGUCUACGACCUACUGAGCGGGAUGUAAACAAAAUCUACGAUAAUGACUCUGCGCGUUCAAAUUUGACAGUCUGGAAAUUGUAUAUCCUCUUCGAGAUCGAGCGUGCGAGGGACAUCAAGGCCGCCAAAGCGGUCUUCUUCCGAGCGAUUCGGGCUUGCCCGUGGUCCAAGCAGCUCGUCAUGCUCGGCUUUGAGCGUCUUCGUGGAGAUCUCACUGGGCCGCUGCAGCAGUCAAGACCUGAGGACGGUCUCACUUUUGAUGAACUCCAGGAUUUAUACCGUGUGUUGGAUAGCCGACAAUUACGGAUUCAUAUUGAUAUUCUCCCACAGCUGCGAGAAGUGCGAGUUCAGAGAGCGCAGGCCGCUGAUGCCGAUGCAAGAGCGAAGCAAGCGGCUGCUCAGGCCGAGAACAAAUCAUAG